AUGAAGGAGUAUAAAUGGGAGGUUGGGACAAUGUACAUAGAUAGGAAUGCUUUUAAGGAAUGUGUAACUAGUUAUGCUGUGCACAGUGGUAGAGAAAUAUGGUUCUCAAAGUGUGAUAGUCAUAAGUGCAAAGCUGUUUGCAAAGAAGGUUGCAAGUGGUUUGCUUAUUACCAUAAGAUGAAGAGAGAGUAUACAUGCCAAUUGACCAGCUGUUACAAAAAACACACAUGCAAUAAGGCAACCAAGAUUGGUAUCAUGAGUUCUCAAUGGCUGAGUAAGGCUUUUAUGAAGAAGAUCUGUGAGAACCCUAAAAUCAAGUUGAGAACUUUGAUAAAGAAGGCUCAUAGCAAGUGGAAUGUUGAUCUCACAAAGACCAAAGCUGCCAGAGUGAAGCAGCAAGCCUUGGAUGAGAUUAAUGGUACUUAUGGAGAGCAAUAUAGGAGGAUUCAUGACUAUGCUGUCGAGUUACUGAGGUCAAAUCCAGGUUCCACUGUUCAGAUACAAGUGGAGAGACCUCCUGAAUUUCAAUUAAAGACACCAAUUCCUGGUAAGGACAUGAGACCACAAUUUGAGAGGAUCUAUAUCUGCUUGGAUGCUUGCAAACGGAGUUUCAUGGUGUGCAGACCCAUGAUCAGCCUUGAUGGAUGCUUCAUCAAGACUCCAUAUGGGGGUCAACUUCUAACAGCCAUUGGAUGGGACUCCAACGAUCAGAUUUUGCCAAUUGCCUAUGCUGUUGUUGAAGCAGAGACAAAAGACUCGUGGAGAUGGUUUUUGUUGAAUCUGUGUGACGAUUUGGGAGUUGAUAAGAUCAGAUGGUGUACAUUCAUGAGCGACCAACAAAAGGUAACUCUCAAUCUAAGCACGUUGAUCCCUACCUUUGAUGAGUUGCUGACUGGCAUAGAUUACAGGUUCUGUGUCAGGCACUUAUAUAGCAAUUUCAGAAAAAGGUUCCUAGGUGUUCAGCUAAAAAUGAUGAUGUGGAAGGCUGCAAAGGCAACAUAUGUCCAGGAGGGGGGAGAGAAGGAUGAAGGAGAUUCAGCUGGUUACCCUUGUGAGCAUGCCAUGAGUUGCAUUAGGAAAAUGUAUUUGGAUGUUAAGAACUAUGUGAACAAGUGCUAUAGGAAAGAGACCUACGUGGACUGCUAUAAACAUGUAAUCUACCCAGUGAAUGGACCAAAUCUCUGGGCCCAGACUGAGAAUGAUGAUGUGUUGCCACCAGUGUUUAGGAAACCAAUAGGGCACCCAAAACUGAGCAGGAACAAGACUGGUGAUGAGCCACGCAACAAUGGACCACUGGCUAAAUUAUCCAGGGCUGGACAACAACAAAAAUGUUCUUAUUGUUUUGCACUUGGUCAUAACAAAAGAACCUGCCCUAGAAAACCUCCACAAUCCAAGAAAGGUGAUGGCACAACUAGGACUCCAAACCCCAGCAAGAUCCCAGCCAAGACAACAACAAAACCAGCAACAAAACUUCAGCCAAAGAGAAAGAGCAAUACACAAGUUGGAGGGAGCCAAGAGUCACAAACAUCCUCCAAGAGAGCUAGAUGCAGCAGCAGCACCAGUCAACCCCAGCCAUCGACAGCAACAGUCACUAGCCCAUCAAGGAGGACCCUGAAGUUCAUGGAAAAAACACCACCUAAGGCCUGGAAAGCAUUGGGAUGA